CGCCCCGAGGGUCCGGGUCCGAGCGUCACCCGGAGGCGGCGGGAGGCGCCUGGCCACCACUGGGGAGGGGCCCGCGGGGACUUAGAACCGAUUUAACUUUCAGUUUUAGAUUCAGUCCCCGCGGGGCGGGAGGGUCGGGGCUGACCGUGGGGCGGGGUCAGGGUCUCACACCCUCCAGGUCAUGCGAGGCUGCUACAUGGGACCCGAUGGGCGCCUCCUCCGUGGUUACUAUCAAUACGCCUACGACGGCGCCGACUACAUCGCCCUGAACGAGGACCUGACAUCCUGGACCGCAGCCGACAUGGCGGCUCAGAUCACGAAGCGCAACUGGGAGACGAAGAGCAAGUGGGAGGCGAUUAAUUUUGCGCACAAGUGGGAGAUGAAGCACAAGUGGGAGUGGGCUAGUUUUGCGGAAGUGAUGAGGUUCUACCUGGAGGACACCUGCAUGGAGUGGCUCCGCAAUCACCUGGAAAAAGGGAAGGAGACCCUGCAGCGCGCAGACCCUCCAAAGGCACACGUGACCCACCACCUCGUCUCUGCCAGUGAGGUCACCCUGAGGUGCUGGGCGCUGGGCUUCUACCCUGCGGACAUCAGCCUGACUUGGAAGCGUGACGGGGAGGACCAGACCCAGGACAUGGAGCUGGUGGAGACCAGGCCUGCGGGGGACGGGACCUUCCAGAAGUGGGCGGCUGUGGGGGUGCCCCCUGGAGAGGAGCAGAGAUACACGUGCCAUGUGCAGCACGAGGGGCUGUCCGAGCCCCUGACCCUGAGAUGGGAGUCACCCCCUGGCCUGCGGCACCUUCUCCCUGCAAGGCCUCCCUGUGAGUUCCCCUGA